AUGUCUCCAGGAGUAAACAGUGGGGCUGUCAUUUUAACCGCCAUUGCAGUUCGGCUAUGGCUUCUUGAUGAUCCACUAAAUCCUCCUAACCUGGCAGAAAAACUUAAUGCAACAUAUGACUACAUUGUUGUUGGUGGAGGGUCGGCAGGAAGUGUUGUAGCAAGUCGUUUGUCAGAAGACCAAGGGACGUCAGUCUUGCUGCUAGAAGCUGGCGACUAUGACGAUCAUCUUCCAUCAAUUAUCGUUCCUGGCCUGGGUUUCCUCAAUUACAGAAGCCGCAAUGACUGGUUGUUCGAGACAGAGCCUCAGCCUGGCUUCAUGGAUGGCCUCAAAGAUGCUCGUUCCUACUGGCCCCGUGGCCGAGUUCUUGGGGGAACUAGCAGCAUCAAUGGCAUGGUGUACGUGCGAGGCUCCAGACAUGACUACGAUCGCUGGGCUGAGUACACCAAGGACCAGCGCUGGAGCUACAACAACCUUCUACCUUACUUCAAGAAAUCAGAGGAUAUGAAGAUUCCCGAGCUUCAGAAUUCUUCAUACCACGGGUAUAAGGGUCCCCUGGCAGUCAGCUUGAUGAACACUGUACCGCUGAGCAACAAACUCAUCGAGGCCGGCCAGGCAGCUGGAUAUCCUUACAAUGUUGACUACAAUGAAGAAACUAUGGAAGGAAUCAGCCAUUCACAUGUGACAAUGUUAAAUGGGGAACGAAUGAGUGCUAGUCGUGCAUUUCUCCACCCGGUUCUCAACAGAACCAACCUGCAUGUGGCGGUGAGAGCACACGUUACUAGAAUUCAUAUCCAGAACAAGAGAGCUGAAAGCGUUGAAGUGAUCAAAGACUCUAGACGAUACUCUGUGAAUGCCCGGAGAGAGAUCAUUCUGUCAGCAGGAGUUCUUGCUUCCCCUCAGUUACUCAUGUUGUCUGGUAUCGGGCCCAGGAAACAUUUGGAAGACUUACAGAUACCCGUAAUUGCUGACCUGCCAGUUGGUCAGAAUCUGCAGGAUCAUGUGCUGUUUGAUUUGGCAGUCAGAAUCAAAGAGGCUCUGACUAUUCCUCUGACUGGAAUACUGACAUGGUGGACCAAGCUGCAGUAUAUCAUGUUUCGAUCAGGUCCCUUAAGUUCAAACACUGGCGGGGAAGUCAUGGUAUUUAGAAGUACAACCAACGAAACAAAAGACAAGGACUGGCCUGAUCUGCAGCUUAUCUUUAAUAUCUACAAGCCAUCUGUUAACGGCAUGUACAUUUUUAACUAUGCAGAAAAGGUAAACAAUUUAAAACUACUGGUGACCUACUUCCAACCGCACCCAAAUCCUUACAUUAGGCACGCGACAGGUGUGAUAUGUGACAACUAUGGCUUUAGCUGUUUUCCUAUACUGCUGAGACCAGAAAGCCGAGGGAACAUCACUUUAACAUCCCGCGAUCCUUUUGACUACCCCAUCAUCCAAGCUAAUUACCUGAACAACUUGCAGGAACACACAUACAACAGUCACGAGUACUGGGAAUGCAUGAUCAAACACAGGCCAGUUUCUGUCUACCACCCAGUUGGAACGUGUAAAAUGGGCCCUAGUGGAGACCCAACAGCCGUGGUGGACUCUGUAAUGGUACACGGAAUAACCGGACUUCGUGUGGUCGACGCUUCCAUUAUGCCAUGGCUGGUCUCUGGCAACACAAACGCCCCAACAAUUAUGAUUGGUGAAUGGGCUGCUGACUUGAUUAAAGGUGGCCAGUUGUCACCAAGAAACACGUAG